UAUCGAGCAGCCAAGCGCCAACAACACUCGAUUACGAAUUCGUUUGGAACUGCCAAUGCGAAGAUGGAUACGUAAGCAUAGUCAUAACAGGAACGUUACGUAGAUGACGGGUUUCAUGAAUUGGAGAACAAUUUCGUGAUCAAGGAAUAACGAUUCAAUUCACAUUUGCUGGAUUCAUGAUCAUGAUUUUGUGGAAAAAGUCGACUGGAUGAAAGGCAUUACUUGGUAAAGAGUGGUGAUUCAGUCAUUGCCAUGAAGAUGUAUUAAGCUGGUUUCCCAUGGUUGCCCCGGUUUUGUAUUGCCAGCGUUAGCCAGUUACUAGGUGUUAUGAGGUUGUUUAGGAGGAGAUUAGGUUCUUUAUUGAUUGGACAGUAUCUUCCUUGAUGUUUGAGAAGCUUGUAUGAUCUGCAAUGGGCUGGAAGGAAGUUUUAUUGUCAUCAUUAUUUCUUGCCACUUUGGUUGAAUCGACCAGCAGGUCAGGAAGAUUUUGGUCCAUCAAUGGGGGUGUGGAAACUUCAGCUCUCUAUAGUUGGGCAGUCAGCAGCGCGGCCGUAUUUGUUGUGGUGGCUCUUGUUCUUUCUAUGUAUCUCAUCUUUGAGCAUCUAGCUGCCUACAAGCAGCCAGAGGAACAGAAGUUCUUGAUUGGACUGAUUCUAAUGGUUCCUGUUUAUGCUGUGGAAUCGUUCCUAUCAUUGUUGGACUCACAUGCCGCCUUCAAGUGUGAAAUUAUACGGGAUUGUUAUGAAGCAUUUGCUAUGUAUUGCUUUGAGAGAUAUCUCAUUGCGUGCUUAGGUGGAGAGGUAAGUACUAUUGAGUUUAUGGAAUGUCAAAGCUGGGUUGCUUCUAGCAUACCUCUUCUGGAUCAAGCAUAUUCUUAUGGAGUUGUUGAACAUCCUUUUCCAUUGAAUUGCUUUUUGAGGGAUUGGGAGCUAGGAUCUGACUUCUAUCAAGCCGUAAAAAUUGGGAUUGUUCAAUACAUGUUAUUGAAGAUGAUAUGUGCACUACUAGCGAUGAUUUUUGAAUCAUUAGGUGUUUAUGGGGAAGGAAAGUUUGAAUGGAGAUAUGCUUAUCCAUAUUUGGCGGCAGUUCUAAAUUUCAGCCAAACCUGGGCCUUGUAUUGCCUUGUGCAGUUUUAUUCUGUCACCAAGAAUAAAUUGGCACCUAUUAAACCUUUGGCCAAGUUUUUGACAUUCAAGUCAAUUGUAUUCCUGACAUGGUGGCAAGGUGUUGCUGUUGCUUUUCUUUUCUCCUUUGUAACCUUCAAGGGGUCAUUGGCGCGAGUUUUGAAAACCCGUAUACAAGACUACAUCAUCUGUAUUGAGAUGGGUGUGGCUGCUGUGAUACAUCUUUAUGUUUUCCCAUCUGUACCUUACAAACGUGGAGAGAGAUGCGUGCGAAAUGUUUCUGUGAUGGCAGAUUAUGCAUCUUUAGGAACCCCGCCGGAUCCUGAAGAGGUUCAAGACUGUGAAAAAUGUAGUAGACUCUGCAUUUCCCAGCGUGAAGAGACAGAGACAGGUCUGAAACUCCAUCAGAGUGUCUGUGAUGUGGUCUUUGGAAGUGGUGAAAUUAUCGUGGAUGACAUGAUGUUCACAGUUUCACACGUUGUCGAACCAGUUGAAAGAGGACUUGCAAAAAUUAACAGAACUUUCCAUCAGAUAUCUGAAAAGAUGAGACUGUAUGGGUUGCAUAAGAAGAAAUCCAAGGAUGAUAGCUAUCUCAUCCCCUUGAACACCUGGACAAAUGAAUUCUCUGAUGUGCAUGAUGAACUUGUGGAAGGGAGUGCCAGCGACAGUGGUUUAUUUGAUUCUAAGAGACGGCAUUAUCCGUUUAAGCGAUCAGCAUCUCGGUUCAAAAACAGAUAACAUAUCCUUGUACCUACUCUAGAAAUGUACACAAGUGAGUGUCCGACAUCACUCAGUGAACAUGCAUUUGUUCAGUAAUCGGGUUUCUGCUUUACAGUUUCAUCCAUAGUAUUUAUGGCCUUAAUGUAUGCAUAUUGGAGGAAAGACGUUGACUGUUU